GCUUAAAGGGGCACCAGCCACGAGCCACCGGACACAGUGAGGCUGCCUAGGCACCAUGAGGUCCAGGCUGCUCCCGGUGCUGCUGCUGCUCCUGGCCGGGCCCCCCGCUGCACAGCCGGCUCCCCCGACCUGCUACUCCAGGAUGCUGAGCCUGAGCCGAGAGGUCACGGGUGACUUCCAAAGCCUGCAGGCUGUGGAGCCCUCGGAGCCGUGUGUGAGAUACCUGCCCACGCUCUACCUGGAUAUACACAAUUACUGUGUGCUGGCCAAGCUGCGGGACUUCGUGGCAUCAACCCAGUGUUGGAAGGUAGCCCAGGUGGAUGCCUUGAAGGACAAAGUGCGGAAACUGUACAUUAUCAUGAACUCAUUCUGCAGGAGAGAUUUGGUGUUCCUCUCCGAUGACUGCAAUGCAUUGGAAUAUCCAAUCCCAAUGACCACGGUCCUGCCAGAUGGUCAGCGAUAGGGCAGUCCAAACUAAAGAGAGAGAGCCCAAGGGGACAACAGUUAUGUCAGCUGCCCAGACAAUGGG